AUUUAGUGGCCAUAUUAUGUUUGAUCUCUUGUCAAAAUGCUUUGUUUGUUAUCCUUAAUGUGCACAUUUGCCUGUAAUGGUUUGUAAUGAUAAUGUCACCUACCAAUAAUUUGUUGUAAUGCACAUACAACCGAAAGCACUGCAUCUGGAUAGCCUGAGCACACACAUUUUAUGCACUCCGAUCAGUAAGCAGUCUGGCUACAUUGCAGCGAUGUGCGGUACAGUAGCAUUAUUGUAUGUCCAUAUCUGAAUUCCAGGGCUUAGCCUCGGCUCUCUCUCCCCAGGUACUCCCACCUCCUUCUGUAGCUCUUGCUCCACAAUAUCGCGUAUUUGCCCCUCCUCCACAAGUCCACGUAUUAGCUCCUCCGCCACAACAUCCCCUAUUAGCUCCACCUCCCCAUGGUCAAAUAUCAGCUCCUCUACAAGGUCACGUAUUAACUAUAAGUCUUGGCGACAGACAGGGCUUCCAGCGAUGAAUACACCAGCCAGUGCCGCACUCCGCCGCAACCAGAGAGGAAAAAUACAUUUAUCAACCACAGAGAGAUGUGGGAAGUAAUCUACCCAGAAAAUGUAUUGCGUUUGACAUAUCAAUUGUUUGGUGCCCUUCAGCCAAAGGAAAGGUGUGAGGGAUCGUCUGGCUUCUGACUGUGACGGUGAUUCAUAGAGAAAAACAUGAUGGUGAGUGUAGUUUCAGCUCAGCGGGGGUCCACGACGGGGUCAAUGAAGGCACUUUGGUGUUCAGCCGGAUCUUCCAGAUCCUCUACAGGAACGAGGAGGUCAGCAUCAACGACCGCAUGCUCUUCAAGGUCCACCUGCUGCUUGACGGAGAGAGGGUGGAAGAGGCCCUUAGCGAAGUGGACUUCCAGUUGAAGCUGGACCUUCACUUUACAGACAAUGAGCAACAAUUGGGCGACCUUGUGACAGUCCCGGUCAUCAGCAGUAGGACUCUGGGUCUCCACUUCCACCCCAGGAGAGGUCUGCACCACCACGUACCUGUGAUGUUUGACUACUUCCACCUCUCCGUCAUCUCUGUCUCCAUCCACGCCUCUCUGCUGGCCUUACAUCAGCCACUCAUCAGUUUUGCCCGUACCGGGAAGGGUUCGUGGCUGGGAAAAGGUUCUCCGGAGAACAGUACCGACCCGUCAUCCAUGGGCGUGUCUAUGGAGAACCUGAUAUUCGGCACUGGAUACUGCAAACCUAUCAUCACCGAGGGUAGUUUCUAUGUCCCAAGUGAGAACUGUCUACAAAGAGCUCACACGUGGCAUCGUAGACUCUGUCGCCUCCUGCUGGUGGUACACAGAGGACUCCGUUCCUACUGCACCACGCUCAUGAAGGAAAUCCCACAGCUGGAGCUGGUGGACACAGAGGAGCUGCCGGUUGAAGAAACACUGAAUCAGCUGACAAUAGAGUUGCAGCUGCAGGGAGGCCACGAGAAGGUAGCCGAGCAGAUCAGCAGAGAUCUGACCCAGCUUGGCUCCCAGCUGUCCGCCCUAUGGAGCCACUUCCUGGAAAGCGCAGUGCCCAAUAUUCACAUACUGUCCCAUCUGGCCCAGGAACACCACACACUCAGGGUCAGGCGGUUUUCAGAAGCAUACUUCUUCACAGAACACCCGAAAGACACAUCCCUGACGUUUCAAGAAGACCUGAUCAACAGGCACAGUCAGAUAGCUUUGGAGGUACGUAACUCUGACUACUUGACCAGAAUGCCCCCAUUACCUGUCGAGUGCCUGGACAUUGACGGAGACUGGAACAGCCUGCCUAUCAUCUUUGAAGACAGAUAUGUAGAGUCUCCAUGUACCGAUUGGGGAUCAUAUGUGCCAACACCUCUGUUCACCAGUGAACAGGCCAGCACUCCCGUCACUGAUACCAACAACUGUCCUCACGCCCUGGACAAGAUCACCAGUUCACCAGCAAUAUUAACCCAGGAGCCUAACAGAAUGGAGGACCCCAUUAACCUGGCUACAUUAGAGUGCAUCACAAGAGAGCAGAGCAUCAGUAUUAUAACUGACAAGAUUAGUUCUCCAAGUAUGGAGAUUCCGGACCCAGACCAGGCAGAACCAGGCCAGAGAGACCCAGUCCCGCCAGGGGUUCCAAAGAGGCAGGCUGAGGCGGUGCACAUGCCAGGGGAGAGCCCUGGUCUUUGCAUGAGGUUCAUCACAGUCCAGCCCGAUGAUGUGGAUCCAUUCGGAGGGGUGGCGGUGCUGACGGUCUCCACCCGCCUUAAACGCCACACCGACCCGCAACGUAACCCUGACAGUGAAGAAGUUGCUUGGAAAGACAUCAUCACAGAGAGACACCAGAACAGCGUCACUACAGAGGGGAUUGAUUUGGACAUGGAGGAGAACAAUGUCGCUGUGGCGUUGGGUCAGUCUCUGGACGAUGACAGCGAGGAUGUCCUGAGUGGUCUUACCAGUAACACCCAUGCGCCGCUCAAAGACCAGCCCCUCACGCCCCCUCUGUCUACGGACCUGAGGAGAGAGCUGGCCCACCGCGGGUGGGUGGGGGGUUCCAAGAUCAUGAACCGCUCCCCCUCCAUCAUCUCCGACUCGGGAAUUGAGAGUGAGCCCAGCUCGGUGGCUUGGCCCCUGGAUGCUCCCCGGAUGGUAGGAGGGCGCCCUUUGGAGGAGAGCCUGGUGCUGCAGCGCCUGGCCAGGAGACACACGGCCCACCGCAGCUCCCUGGACGGCCUGCAGACAGAGAGCGGGGCCAGUGGGGGAAGCCUGCCAAGUGGAGGGGGCGGAAGCACAGGCAUCCAGGCCUCCCUCACCUCCAUCUCCUCUCUGCCCUUUGAGGACGACGAGGAGCAGAGGAACCAGCAGCAGCUCAGUAAGCUGACCAAGUCCGUCUCGGCUCCUCAGAUCUCCAGCCCUGAGGACACGGAGGAGGACCAGGGAGGAGCGGAGGAGGAGGUGGCAGAUACGGAGAGUGAGGGGACCAGCGGCUACCACGACCAGGAAGACGGAUACUCCUCCAUCUCCAGCGCUACCACCAGUAUAACAACGGGGGACCUGAUCAGAAACCAGGAGUCCUUAGCCGGAGUCAAUCUCUCCUCUCUAGAGGACAUCCAAGAGGUAGAGCAUUCUGAGGUCGGUUUGUUCGACUAUGGACCAAAUCACUCACCGCCCCAGCAGGAAAUCAGAGAUCACCAGGAGAGUGGUCAGGUUUUUAAAGAAACUCUUCGAAGUAACAAAUCUGCCCUGCCCAAGUCCCUGUCAGAUACCUACGACAUGAAGGCCGUGUUCAGCGGUGUUAGCCGAGUACCUGAAGUCCGGCUGUUCCAACAGUACGUUGAAGGCCGCGAUGAGGAUGAGGACCAAGCCGCGAUCAGUCUGAAGGAUGGAAACCAUCUGAUCGGAAGCAGCGGUGGUGUGCUGACCUCAGUCCAGCAGAGUCUCUGCGAAGAGGAGAUGGCCCCUUGUAACAGUGAGACGAAGCCCUGUGAACAUGACAGAAGCGUUCAGGUGGAACAUAUGGAGGACAGUCCAGUCGGAGAUGUCCGCCCUCCGACUCUCAGUCCGAAUGGGCUGAGCGACCUUGUUGACCGGGAACAGCAGGGUCACGGCCAGACUCCGUGCCAGAGCCUCCAUCGGGUCGGUCUGCGCGACCUGGUGGUGGUCUCACAAAGAAAGAGCCUCCACGACGCCAGCCCUAUCCCGCCUACCGCCAACCGCACGGAGAGACCCGUGGACCUGUUAGGCCUUACGGCCAGUGACACAGCCAUGCCUGUUGACUUGAAUGACAGAGAACAGCUUGAUUUCAAUGUUCAGACCAGGUCAGCUAAGACUUCUGGCAGCUCUGGGUCAGGCCUGUCCUUUAUGAACAGGAAGGUCGUUGAGGUGGUUAAUAUGUCUGUGUCUUGCGCGCCAACUUGUCUCCCUUUCUCCUCCGUUCUCCGGGACUCCCCAUCUAUCAGUGGCAUCUCCUCCCGCCAGGCCGUCUCCCCAAUUACGCACCAGCCCCUGGGCUCAUUUGGCAUUAUCUCCUCAUCCUCGCCCGAAGCCCUGGGGUCAGAAGACGACACCAACGAGCGGAUGCUGCAGUUUUACCGGUCCAAAGAGGAUCUGGUGAAGGAGCUGUCAUUCCAGGCCACCCUGUAUAGUGAUCUUCCUCACCUGGCCUCCGAACUGCCCUACUUCCCCCCUGAGGAAGAUGAUGAAGAGUUUGAGGAUGGCAUACACCUGGUUGUCUGCGUCCAUGGCCUCGAUGGGAACAGUGCAGAUCUUCGCCUGGUGAAAACCUUCAUAGAACUGGGAUUGCCUGGGUCCAGAUUGGACUUCCUCAUGUCUGAAAGGAACCAGACUGACACAUUUGCAGAUUUCGACACCAUGACAGACAGGCUACUAGACGAGAUCAUCCAGCAUAUUCAGCUGUACAACCUCACAAUUGGACGGAUUAGCUUUAUAGGUCACUCUCUGGGCAACGUGAUCAUCCGGUCAGUGCUGACAAGGCCUCGCUUCCGCUGCUACCUGGUCAAACUGCACACCUUCCUGUCUCUGUCCGGACCACAUCUGGGAACGCUGUACAACAACAGCACUCUGGUCAGCACAGGUCUGUGGCUGAUGCAGAAGUUGAAGAAAUCUGGAUCAUUGCUGCAGCUCACCUGUAGAGAUCACGCCGAUCCUCGGAAAACCUUCCUCUAUCUACUUAGCCAAAAACCAGGGCUCCAGUUCUUCAAGAAUAUCGUGUUGGUAGCAUCGCCUCAGGACCGAUAUGUGCCCUUCCACUCUGCUAGGAUAGAGAUGUGCAGGACUGCGCUCAGAGACAGGACCACAGGUCCGGUGUACACAGAAAUGAUCAACAAUCUGCUCCAGCCGCUGGUGGGCGCUAAGGACUGUCGUCUGAUUCGACAGAAUGUGUUCCACGCCCUGCCCAACACCGCCAACACUCUGAUUGGCCGAGCAGCUCACAUUGCAGUGCUCGACUCUGAGCUCUUCUUGGAGAAGUUCUUCCUGGUCGCCGGGCUCAACUACUUCAAAUAGUACUUAAAACGACUUCCAGUACAGUCUUAACUACUGCUAGGGGUUGCGCUAUUACUUCAAAGAGAGCGGUACACUGUAGCGAUAGUUACUUCAUAGGGAGAUAGUUGAGUGCUUAGUGGCUUGCCAAGACGGUGUCCAAUCAGUUUGCCAAAGUGUAUACAUACAAAUAAGGCUCAGAGAUCCUAUUACAGUUUCACAGCAUAUGAAGAUCUCCUUGUUGCCGUUGACUGGUUUGGUGGAUUUGGCGAGAGAAAGGGGAUCCAGACAACCGUCAUCAUGUAAAAUGUAUAUAAUGUAUGCAUAUCCUGUUGUCAAAAGCGCUCUACGCCCCAUCCCCUUUUGACAGGGCGUGUACAGCAUGUCAACUGAAAAGCCUUUGGCAAAUGUGUGGUUAAUAGUGGUGUUGUGUAGGCCUUAUCAACACCCCCUUAGCUGCAUUACCAAAUUAUUUUGAUAAUCAAGAAUAUUAGUUUUUCGUCAUUUAGGACGGGAUGGAAGACCCACUUGAAGGAUUGAAACCGUUCAAACAGAGGAGAUAGUUGCUGGGAAUUGAACUCCUUGAUUGUACGUUUUAUAAUAGACAUGUUUGAAACUCCACAGACUGUGGCAGUGAUACAGAAUACUGUAAACAAAUUUUGUUUUUACGAAAUAAAUUUAGAUAUCAUUAUUAUUUAUUUUUUUAUUAUGUCAUAUCCAUACAUUGUGAGCAUUGUGUUGUGUAUUUUAUAUCAUACACUUAUUACAUAAACCUAUUACAUAAAGGCCAAAUCCGUACAUACUCUGCAGUAUACAGUUUAUUAUACACAAUGCAAGCAAAACAUAAACAAUACACUUCUUUUAUAUGCUCAUACAUAUUCAAUAUCUAAAAUGUGGGUUUGUCGUAAGCGUAUAUGUAUGUGUCAAUCAAACUGCUGAGUUGAGUUGGAAUAUCUUCAACUGUGUAAUGCCUUUUUUCUUUAAAAUAAGGUUUUGGGUCCUUGUAUAUGUAGACAUAUGUAGACAGUAGGCUUACAUAUCUUAUCCUCCUCCAACUAUUACAUACUAAUCCUACUGAGAUAUGACUAUUGCCACUACAGGGCCUACUGUGUAAUUGGGAUGACGACCAUUUGAAUGGUCAUAGAAUCAUAAUUGCUAUGGCACAUAUUCUAGGAAAAUGUGAAUAUAAAUUGAGGAACAGCAUCUCUGCUUUAGGCACUUAGUAGUUGGUGUAGUUGGUAUGCAUCUGUCCAUCCAAAUGACAUUUUCCAUUUCUAUAUUAGAGAGCAGUUAGGUGUGUCAAUGGUGUGGAGGUCAUGUACUGACCCAGACAGGCACUUUAUAGUGAACAGACAGACACCUUACAGCAAAAAUGUCCGUAGAAGUAAUGCUUUUCAAAGCCCAUGCAUUCCUACAUUGGCCUUCGUUUAAUAACCUGCGUUAUAUUAUAUUGUAUAUACAUCAUUCUCUGCUCACAGACUAGCUUUGAAGGUUGCGGCUGGUGCCCAUGCAAAGUAACUUGACCUUAACUGUCUCCUAUUGUAACGUCCCGUCUUCUAGUGCUGUGCUGUCGCCAUCAUUAAGCCCUGUCCCAUUGUCCUUGCGGGACAAAAGGUGACAUCUCCAAGUGCUCUUUUUGUAAGUUGAGCUCUUGCUGCUGCUGUGUUUACUCCAACGCUGCUUGGUAAGCGGAGUGUCACUUUGAUUGACUUUAAUUAAAUGGCUUUCCCAUUGCCCAGACACACACAUCACACGCGCACACAUACACACACGGACGAGUGGAUGGUUGCUUGUGGAGCUUCUAAAGCCGCUGUGUCAGCAGCCUACUGAAGCUAGCUGGCUUCAUGUAUAAUUUCCUUUUGAUCCCCUAACCCAAUUUGCUUUUGCUCCCAAAAGGGCCAAACUUUUUGUCUGUUUGCGCAAAGGGUCACAGCGUUUAUAAAGUGAUGAGGGUUUGACUUACCUUGAGCGCAAUGUCUUGUGUGGAUUGGGGAUUUGAUAUUCAUUCUUUGCAGGUUGUGUUGAUUAAUUUAUUGAUAUGUCGUCGUUUUCCUUCAUGUUUCUGUAUAUUUUCCUGCCUGAAGGAACACUGUAGCUGUACAGAUAUGUUUAUACUCAACACUCAACGCUCAAUUCAAACAGUUAACAUUUAUUCAUGCAGUAAACAUUUACUAUACAAAGUCCAGAUUCUAUACAAGCUCUGAGAAUUCGGAGCUUUCCCACAGUCAGAUGGGGUUAGAGUUAGGUUAAAUUUGAUUUAAACAUGAUUAAACUGUAUACUUUCCAUUUUCUUUCUAUUCUGUUCACUCCCAGAAUAUAUACUGUAUGACAGUAGGGGGAUAACAACCAAUGAUAUGGUUGACCAACAGUUUUAAACUUAUUGGAUCAUUAUUUGUCAUAGUGAGACAAAAUUGUCUGUGUGCAUCCUUUGUGUGUGCUUCCGUAUAAAAAGCUGUAAGGCAGCUUCAUGUCAAAUUUGUGUUGUGAGUUUAUUUUGAUGGUAUUAUUGUCCUCUUUCUGCUGAACAUUGUGCUGGAAUAUGACUCAGUUCCAACCGUUUGACGUGAAUGUAUCAGGAAAAAAAAAACACAUUUGACUUCACUGUGAGUAACUUUGGAUUUAUUUAUUUUUAUUCUGCUAACAAUAUAAUCUGUAAAGUACAUUGAGCUUCAUCCGUGCCAAUCGUACUAAUCUGAUAUUUUUCUAUGUUUGCUUACUGUAUGUUUUCCUAUGUAGCUUGUGCACCAUGUAAAAAUAUAAAUACAUAUAUUACCGAACAUUAAGAUAUAAACGAUAUCA